GGGAACACCAAAAGAAGAGAGAGAAAGAGAGAGAGUCUCCGAUAGCGAACGACAUGAAACCAUCUCACUACGUCCAAACUCUCAGAUAUUCAAACACGCUCUUUAAGGCUCCCACCCAACUCCUCCUUCUCCUUCUCAUUCUCCUCUCUCUUUCUUUCUCUUUCCUCUCCUUCUCCCUCUCUCAAUCAAUCAAUUAGCCCCGAUCUUCUUCUCUGUUUUGUUUUGAUUAAAAAUUAAAGAUGUCAGAUGCUUUAAUCAAUGGAUUGGCUGGAGCUGGAGGGGGAAUCAUCGCUCAGCUCCUCACAUAUCCCUUACAAACUGUUAAUACUCGUCAACAGACCGAACGAGAUCAAAGCAAGUCGAGGAGGAAACUUGGAACCAUUGAACAAAUGUGUCAGGUUGUUAAACAUGAGGGAUGGGGGCGUUUAUAUGGAGGCCUGACGCCGUCGUUGGUUGGUACUGCUGCAUCACAGGGUGUUUACUACUACUUCUAUCAAAUAUUCAGGAACAGGGCCGAAGCUGCAGCACUUAAACGUAUGAAGAAAGGGACUGGUGAUGGAUCAGUUGGAAUGUUAUCAUCGCUUUUGGUGGCUGCCAUAUCUGGGUGUGUGAACGUGCUGUUGACUAACCCAAUAUGGGUAGUUGUUACUCGUAUGCAGACUCACAAAAAAGCCUCAUUAAAACAAAGACCUUCAGAGAGUCUUUCAGUUACACAAGUAGAAGGAAUUCUUGCUGCAGCGGAACCUCCUCCCUAUGGAACUGGCCAUGCUGUGCAAGAGGUCUAUGAUGAAGCAGGGGUUUUCGGUUUCUGGAAAGGCGUUUGCCCAACACUUAUCAUGGUUAGCAAUCCUUCCAUACAGUUCAUGUUGUAUGAAACCUUAUUAAAGAAGCUAAAGGCUAGGCGUGCUUCAAGAAACAAGGGAAAUGACGGGGUGACUGCUUUAGAGAUUUUUUUUCUUGGAGCUGUUGCUAAACUUGGAGCAACUGUUGUAACGUAUCCACUCCUUGUAGUGAAGUCGCGGCUUCAGGCGAAACAAGUUACUGGAGGAGACAAAAGGCAUCAGUAUAAAGGCACUCUUGAUGCAAUAAUGAAGAUGAUUCAAUAUGAAGGCUUGCCCGGGUUUUAUAAGGGGAUGAGCACAAAAAUAGUACAGAGUGUGUUUGCUGCUGCUGUCCUGUUCAUGAUCAAGGAAGAACUUGUGAAGGGGGUUCGUCUGCUGGUGGGAAAGGAUGCAAAGGUGAUUAAUGUAGUAAAUUAAGGGAGUUAGAACUUGUUCACUUGUUGUCUUAUUGUAUUAGAUUCAUUUUAUUUGACAUUCUUGGUGCCCGUUGCUGGGCAGAAAUACGGUACAUUGGAAAUGGAAUGGGAAAAUGAGCAGUCUAGUACCUUAGAAUAAAAGGAAACUAGAAUGCUUACGGAUAUUGGAAAGCUUUUACUAAUAAAAUUAGAAAUAUUUGCAGUUUA